ACCCGUGAGCCGUAGGUAGGCUAGGCAGCUGACUUUGCCUCGCUUGACCUUGGUUUGCUCUGCGCGUCUGACUUCCCAGCUUGAGCGAUACAUAACAACGAAAGACAAUGGAACGACCACUCUGCUCGACCCUUCUUGUUUCUUGACCUCAAUCCUACCAUCUCCCUAUUCCUGUCCUUUGGCCCCUCCCCUCCUUGCUACCAGCCAGCAUCCGUCCUCGCUCCCCUGCUACCAUCUCUGCCGCAUCCUAGCUUAGCCCUCCACCGCCCACACCUCUUCGGCCCAACAUGAAGCUACUGUCACAUUCCCUUGCUCUCACAGCUACCCUGGGCUCGUUGCUCGUCAAUGCCUACCCUCUGCUGCAACCACGUCUACUCUCUGCCCAGCCCGUUGCCGCUGGCUUCUCGGAUCCCAACUCGGACCCCUUCUAUGCCGCACCUAGCAACAUCUCAGCCUACAAGAAGGGCGACAUUGUCCGCUCGCGCGCCACCACCUCUACAUUCAAGGACAACAAGAACCUCGACCACUCGUACCAGGUCAUGAUGCGCUCUGAGAACACGCAGAACCAGGCAAUUGGCGGUGUUGCUACCAUCCUCGUACCAAAGAAGAUCGCAGACGGUGCGCCCAAGAUCUUGAGCUACCAGAACUUCGAGGACGCCGUCUCCCUCUCGUGCUCGCCAUCGUGGGCGUACGUGGACACGUCCAACUCAACGGCUAAGCUCGCGGCCAACAUCGAGGCGCCCUUCUACGUCAAUUGGGCCAUCGAGCAGGGUUACUACGUUGUCAUCCCGGAUCAGGAGGGUCCCGCCAACUCGUUCAUUGCCGGCCGCACUGAAGGCAAAAUCAUCCUCGACGGCAUCCGCGCCAUCAUCGGCAACGAGAAGCUUCAGAACAGCCAAGUCGCCCUCUUUGGCUACUCUGGUGGAGCGCACGCUGCCGUCUGGGCAACUGAGCUGCACGAGGAGUACGCUCCCGAAGUUCCAAUCAUCGGCGCCGUUCACGGUGGUACGCCCAUUGACCCGGAGCACCUACUCAACUUCCUCAACGGCGGCGCCUUCUCCGGCUUUGCUGGCGCCGGUCUCAUCGGCGUCAUGAGCCAGCACCCUGACCUCAAGAAAUUCGUCUACGACCACCUUACCCCGGAGGGCGCCGCUCUCCUCGAGAAGGCUGUCCAGCCCAACGUCUGCAUCGGCGAGAUCGUAACGCAGUUUGCCUUCGUCGACUACUUCAAGUACGUCAACAUCUCCAACCCGCUUCAGGACCCAAUUGCCCAGAAGACGCUCAAGGAAGAGACGCUGCUGAAGUCCAAGGCCUCGUACCAGAUCUCGGUCCCCAAGUUCCCUCGCCUGAUCUACCACGCUCUUGGCGACGAGGUUGUUCCCUUUAACGACUCGCAGCAGUACGUUAAGGACCAAUGUGCGGGCGGCGCCAACAUCCAAUUCGUCACCCUGCCCCUCGCUGAGCACGUAACGGGAGAGGCAGAGGGCAUCCCCAUGGCCGUUGACUACCUGGGCCAGCUCUUCAAGGGCACUCAGCCCAAGGUCGCAUGUGGUACGGCUCCUGGUCUCUUCAACACGGGUGAUCAGAGCAAGGUCGCCGCCGUCAUGGGUAGCGACUUGGCGAGCAAGUACGCCCAGGUCAGGAACCAGCCCGCCAAGGUGCAGGGUGCCCACGGGAUGCAGCCCUCCAAGGAUGGCAAGUCGGCCGCGCCUGCUAACAACUUGGCACAGGCCAAGUCCUCAGCCGUCUCCCUGGUUCAAGGCCUCCUCGGCCUGUAGACAAGUCUUGAUACCCGUCAAAGCCCCUCCCAGUCCUUUCGCCUUCUCUACCCUUGCUCCACCUUGUGUCCGUCUCUCUUUGCUUACCCCGUGCUACGUCUCCGGGUGGUAUGCUGCUCUCCCUGUUGUCUCGUCGGACGCAAACCCUCGUUGGAAUGUAAUGCGCAAUGUCGCACCGUCUUGUCACUACAGCAGACUGGAAAGUCGG